UUUUCUCUCCAUGUAGGGAGAAGAAGGUCGAACAGGGAAUCUUGGCGCAACUGGACAAAGAGGACCAAGUGGUAUCGCAGGAGACAUGGGACCUGAGGGGCCGGCUGGACCUCAAGGAUCUCAAGGUGCACGUGGAGACACUGGACCCCAAGGAGCUGCCGGAGCUGGAGGACCUAAUGGUGGUGUGGGAGCAACCGGAGCGCGUGGAGCCCAGGGUAAGCGGGGAGCUGCUGGUGUUGCUGGACCCCCAGGACAAGGAGGACCAACGGGGUUGACCGGUAACAGAGGAGAGAGGGGCCCGAUGGGUUUGGCUGGACCUGCAGGUCCAGAUGGUGACACUGGAGCCGACGGACGCGAUGGACGUGACGGAGAAGGGGGAGAUAAAGGAGCCCCAGGUGAUGUUGGACGCCUCGGGAUCCCAGGACUACCCGGAACCCCAGGUGAUCGGGGUGGUGUUGGAGGCAUCGGAGUUGUUGGAGCUACUGGUGCCCGAGGAGCAACAGGCAAGCGUGGCGGGUCAGGAGGUCCUGGCUCAAGGGGAAAUUCCGGCCCCCCAGGAGCACCCGGAUCCCCUGGGCUGAGGGGAGAGCAGGGAGGCAUUGGAAGAUCUGGUCGCACAGGUCUCCCCGGAGCUAAAGGAAAUCCUGGUGAGAGAGGUAGAGCGGGGGAGCGUGGAGCCCAAGGCAUCCCUGGAGGACAGGGACCACAAGGACCAGUAGGAGCGCGUGGAGAGAAGGGACCUAGGGGAGGCGUUGGUGAUCCGGGAGUCCAGGGAGGAGUCGGUGCACCAGGACGUACUGGAGCACCGGGAGCCACAGGAGCAGCAGGAUCACGCGGUGAAUCUGGUGAACAAGGAGCAGCGGGAGUUGCCGGAAGUCCUGGAUCAAGUGGAAUGCCUGGACCCACGGGAUCUGUCGGAGCAAGAGGUGAGGUCGGUCCACCUGGAUCCAGCGGAAGACUAGGUGCAAUGGGCCGACGUGGUGACACCGGUGUUGCCGGGGCACCAGGUGUCCGUGGUAUCCCAGGACCCCCAGGACCUAACGGUGCACGAGGUGAAGACGGCAGGAACGGUGGUGACGGACCUGCCGGCCCUGCUGGACCAGCUGGUCCAUCUGGAGUGAUCGGAGAACUUGGUGGCAUGGGAGCAAUGGGAGCCCCUGGACCCACUGGCCCAGCUGGCAGACCUGGUAGCGACGGUUCCCCAGGUAGACGUGGAUCUCCUGGCGAGGACGGGUCGGUAGGACGUCAGGGAGCCCGGGGUGUUAAGGGACCACGCGGACCAACCGGAUCUGAUGGAAGGGAUGGUUCUGAUGGAGCCACUGGUGCCAAGGGAGCCACUGGAUCUCAAGGUGACAAGGGAUCUCAAGGACCGCAAGGACCUGCUGGAACCGCUGGAGUGCCUGGUCGUCAAGGCCCGAUGGGUGGUCCGGGUGAGCGUGGCAGUCGUGGAGCUGCUGGACCUGCUGGACCAAGAGGUGGCGCAGGAGCCGAUGGAAACAUGGGACCUGCUGGACCUGCUGGACCUGCAGGAGCCAGGGGUGAAACAGGUGCCACAGGAAUACAGGGACACAAGGGAUGGGGUGGUUCUCCCGGCAGACCAGGAUCCGCUGGACCAAAAGGUCCUACUGGCGCCCGUGGUGCGAAUGGAAGACCUGGUCCUGCUGGUCCCGCUGGUAUUGAUGGCGCUCGUGGCAGGAAUGGCAACAACGGUCAGCAAGGACCCCGCGGUAUGGCUGGACCAGGAGGCCAACGUGGUGCAGGUGGUAGGAGUGGGCCAGCUGGACCCCCAGGACCCCCAGGAAGGGCUGGAGCACCUGGAGCACUCAGCUACUCAGGGUACGCCUACUCUGGUGGUUCAUAUGGUGUUAGCCAGGGCGACAAGGGACCCAACCCCUACGCUAAUUACUACGGCGACGAUGCCACAAUUGCCGAGGAUGACUACGAGGCCCGCAUCAUUCAGCUGAGAAAUCGCAUUGAGAGGCUGCUGCUGCCCAAUGGUGAGCCAGAGUACCCAGCCCGCUCCUGUAAGGAUCUCUUCAAGUGCCACCCGAUACUCCCAAGCGGCUACUACACCCUGGAUCCCAGCGGAGGCUCCCACUACGACAAAUUUGUUGCCUACUGCGACAAGAAGACCAACGCUACCUGCAUCUACCCAGACUACCCAGAGAUUCCCAAAGCUACCUACUAUCUUGGGGAGCCAGAGGAACCCGUUGUCUUCUCCGAAAUGAGGAACGGCUCUAUAAUCAGCUACAGCGUCAAGCCUGUGCAGCUGACCCUCCUGCGACUGAUCUACUCUGAAGCCAAGCAGAACCUGACCUACAACUGCAGGAACUCUCACGCCGUCGAGAACAACACGGGUAGCUCGCAGAAGGCUCUGACCCUAGUGGGACCCAACGACGUACGCAUCAGCAUCAAGAACACCCAGGCAGACUUGCAGUAUAAGGUGGACGGAGAAGAUGGCUGCAAGGUACACGACAACACCUGGGGCAAGACCACCGUCUCUUACAGCACCAAGAAGACCGAGCGUCUACCCCUGGUGGACUUUGCUGUGUCAGACGUCGGCAGAGCCAAGCAACAAUUCGGGGUGGAAGUCGGCCCAGUCUGCUUCUCAUAGAGGCCCCUAUCACAGCACUGAAGACGUCAUGGCAUCAGUUACACGAUAAACAAAAAAUCUGAUUAACUGUACACCUAGAAAAACACCUUUUUUUAUUGAAUAAACACUAAGGAAUUGGUCAGAUCAUUUUACUUCAGUCACAUAACUCUUGCAAAAACACUGAAAUUACUUUGCUUAGAAGGAUAAAAGACUGACGCCAGAAUUACAUUCCUGAAUUUAAAAUCGUUUAGUUUUGGGAUAUUUUUAGUGACUGUUUCUGCCAUGACAUUUGCUCAAUAACUUUAAUAGUAUACUUCCCUUUAUAAAGGCUGCAGAGGAAUGUUCCUUGAAUGGUGCUAUUUUUAGACUGGUUAAUUAAUUAAUCUGUAUUCUUUUAAAGUUAAAAAAAAAAAGCUGAGUAUGUUUACUUUGUUGUUGUCGAAAUACUUAAGGAUGCUAUACUUUAGAAUGAAAAUUGCUUUUAUAAAGUAGAUACUAAACGGCAUGCAUGAAGCUUUCUCCACUUCGCUUUUCCUUUUUUUUUUUUUUACUUAAUUGUCAUUAAAAAAAACAAAAGUACUGAAGUCUCAUAAAUAGGGACCACUUUGAAUGUAGUGCAUGUUGCUUUUUAGAUCAGCAAGUUAAAUAGAAAGUGGCGAGUCACUGAGUCGGUACUCGCCAUUUGUCUUUUCCAAAAAAAAAGUGUCAGAGUAUUUGUUAAGCAGAACGUUUUUUAGUUAACAAUUUGGCAGGUCUGGUUUAAAAACAAGUUAUAUUUUUGUACACCACUUUGAAAUGUGGAAACAUUUUUCAUCGGAGGACUGUCAUUCAAAUUGUGUCUUUUUGAGCCAGUUUGACAUUUUACCUAUAGAGCACAAUAAAGCUUCUCAUUUAAACCAUAAA